CUGCAACAGCAGAACCAGGAGAAUAACCAGCAACAGCAGAACCAGGAGCAGAACCAGGAGGGUCGUGGAGCCAGAAGAGAAGACGGUUCUUCCUGCAGAUGUGAUCAGAAGGAACCUGGUGGUGGUUCGUUUAUUGUGCUACGAUGUGGCAGCCCGCGACUGAGAGACUGCAGCAUUUUCAGAACAUGUUGAAGUCGAAGCUGAAUGUUCUGGCUUUGCGUAAAGAUCCGUUACCCAGCGUUAUCUUUCACGAACCGGAGGCCAUCGAGCUCUGUUCUACCACGCACACCUCCAAACCUCGUACACACCCCGGGUAUAAGGUGAACUAUCUUGGAAAGGUGACCGUUUCGGGUUCCCAGUUCCUCUCAGGCUGUACCGAAUCUGCCGUGGUAUCAUUAUGGGAUAAGAAACAUUCUAAGGUUGCCACGGAUGCAUUGCUGGAGAUCCGCCCCUUUCAGGUGCGGCUGCACCACCUCGGUGGGCGGGGCGAAGAGGACAUCGCCAUGGAGACAUUUCAGGUCUCACGGAUCGCGUACUGCACGGCGGAUCACGAGGUGAGCACCAAAGUGUUUGCCUUCAUUUACCGUCAGAUUAACGAGGACCUGACGUUCCAGAUGGACUGCCACGUCCUCGAGUGCGAGGACAAACGCUCCGCCAAGAUGCUGGCACACGCCAUGAUGGAUGCCUUUAACAGAACCUUCCAGAGCAUGCGCACCGACUGGCGCAUCCACCAGUCGCCGCGUCCGCUUCCCGAAGACGCCAACGGUAACCCAGACGAUGGCUGAGAACCUGAAGACUGACAGGGCUGAGGAAGUGAGAGAAGAAACACAGUGGCUACGCCCUUUUUAAAAGUAUUUUUAGCUCCUGGACGAUAAACGGCUCCAUCACAAGCGUUAUUUUUGUAGAAGGUGACAUUAUGACAUCACAGAGCGUUGUUUCUGCAUUGUUGCUAUUGUUCUAGAGCUGUGUGAUCUGUGUUCUAGAGUCUGUGAGUUAAAUAUUGCAACCAUUGUGCUGGAAUGUUCUGAAGAAUAUUAUCUUUAAACACCAUGAGGGUUCUCGGAUCUAACGAUGAGACCUUGAUAUACAGUGUCAUUAUUGACUCUUCUAGAACAUCACAAUGGAACGUACUGUAGUAUCACAGACAUUCAAGAACAUGGGUGAAAAUUGGAUUGUUACUAGAGCAGAAAACCAAACGUUCUGGAGUUUAAUAUUAGGACUUUGUGGUGGGACAUUUUUUUAAGAUCACGAACAAAUUUGAUUUUGGAUUGUUGAUGCAAAGUGCUCUUGAAAACGAUGAUGCAUUUCUCUAGAGUAACCCAAACAUUCAGAAACGUACACAGAAUCAUUCAGGAACAAUAGGUUGUUCUAGAACAUCUUUAAGUCAUGUGGUUCAUCAUGAUCUAAACCACUCUGUAUUACUCGUAACUUGUGAUGAUAGUUUUUCUUGUUGCUUACAAAGUGUGGCUCUAGAUUACAGAUGGCCAUGCUGAAGAACUUUCUAUUGUUUUUAAACAUAUUUGUAAUAUUCUAUUUUAUGAAAUGUUAAAGCAGUAUUUUAUGAAGCAUUGUAAUGUUGUGAUAGUGUUCUGGAAUGCCAUUAUUCUAGAACGUAUUUUUUUCUAGAACAUUGUAUUAAGUCAUGAUGGCUUAUGGUUAUAAUGAGUAGAACAAUUGAGAGUAGAAAGAGUUUUGCCAAAAUUAUUUCAAAAACAUCAAAUUUUAGAACAUUAUAACGUGGUGGCACGGUGGCGCAACAGGUAAAGAUCCUCGCCUCUGGUCACUGUCAGAGGUUUGGCAUGUUCUUUACGUGUCUCCAUGGAUUUCCCCUGGGUUCUCCAGUUUCUUCCAACCUCUCAGCACAUACAAAAUGUAGAUUGGCUGUUAUGAAUAACCUCAAACCUUCUAUAGUCAAUAAACAAAGAUGGGCAUCAAACCCAGGUC